UUUGCAUUCAACUCGAUCGAAACGAAAAGAAGAAUUCAAAUUAUUCGGCCCAUGGCCAAGAAAACCAUACUACUGUUUUACCCUUGGCCACGUUGACCACCUGUCGAAAUUAUCCCUCGGGAUGUACGAUCCUGGAGUGUCGUUUAGACGACUUUAAUCGACCAGUAGCUCAGAUUCUCCAAGUGCCAGGACCAGAUUCGAACGUAAACAAUCAGAAGAUGGGUCUAUGUGUCGAAGCCAAACAAAUGUCAACUGGACCAUGUUCCAGGUAAUUUAUAAUGCUCAAAUACAUACAUAUAUUUCAUCGAUUCAAUUAAUUUCUAACGUUGUCUUUAGAGUAACAUCCUGCCCGAUCGAAGAAACUUGCAAACGAAACAAUAACAACGUUCGUUUGUUUAAAACGUGCACCGUAGAAUCAGGAAAGAUUUGUAAUAAAAAUAAUAAUAAUAACAACAACAACAAUAAUAAUAAAAAUAAUAAUAGAAAUUGUAAUAACGGGAGUCCCGUUUCGAAGAUACAUUGUUGUGCUGAAUCAAUUGUUGACAAAAUUCGAAAUGUUUCUAAUAAUCAAAAAAAUAAUCAAAGACCAUGUUCCCGAUCUAAUCGAAUUAAACUCAUAUGUAUACCAGCCGAAGAGGAAAAAGAUGAUGAAGAAGAACAACUAGAAAUAGAAGAAAGAGAAAGAUGCAGAGAAGAGGAAGAAGAAGAAGAAGAAGAAGAAGAAGAAGAAGAAGAAGUAGUAAUAUGUCCGAAUAUUAUCAAAGAACAAACGGAAACCUUAGAAAAUAUUUUACAACCCGGAGAAGUUUUAAUAUGUCGACCUAUACCGCCAUUUUCCGAGUCUACUAACUGUACGGUAAACGAUACAAUUGAAAAAUUUCCAUUAGAAUGUUGUUCGCGUAGGAACGGUUUGGAUUCGACGAAAUCACGAUCAUUUUAUCGUCCAUGUCCGGCCGAUCGAUCGACGAACAAACAAGAAAAUUAUAUUUGUUCGAUGAGAUGUUCUAAAUCGAUGGAUAAACCGAGAGAUUGCACUUCGAAAAACGACGAAUGUAGAAGAGAUAUCGAUAUUAGUUCAACAAUCGUGGAAUGUCCAUCUUUUCGUAAAAAAUGUUCUAAAGAAGAAUUAUCUCCAUUACCAUGCUGUUCGCAAGAUUCCUUUGACUGUUAUAAAGAUUUCGUUUCAGCGAAUCAAUUAGAAAAAUAUCGAGCAUGUCGAUCGAAAAGGAACGGUCUUCAGGAUGAAUGUUAUUUACCUUUGCCACGUAAUAUCAAGUGUAAAAUUAGAGAACAAUGUUAUAAGAAUAGGAUGGAACAAUGUUAUAGGAAUAGGAUGGAACAAUGUCUAGAAUUGGGAUAAAAUGAUUCGAACUAAACGAGUGAUAUUAGAUUAAAUUUGAUCGAAUAAGUUUUCAUUCAUAUAUGUAUAUUUAAUUAACGAUUAUACUAGAACGUCCAUAUUUAUUUAUAUUAAAUAAAAUUCAAUUGCACUAUUAUAAAC